AUGGCUAGUCCACCACGGAACCCUAGAGAAGGCGAGCAGGGCGGCUCUGAAUUCUCGGAGGAGACGAGCAGGGAACGCCCGACCGCCCCGCAAAAGACGUUCAUAGCCCCUCCCGCUUCGCAACUACCUACUAAGUUGCAGUAUGUUACGCGACGUGCAGCUGGCCCUAGUGGUAUUAAGAAUGUCUAUCCAACGGUGAAGACGGCGCGACGUGUGCCUACGUUGCCCGGGAAACCGAAGGAGGUCACGACGAGUACAGCAGGCGUUGAGAGGCCAGGCUCUACAGCUGUGACUCCGCCUGGGCGUAGCGCACGUCGCGAUCGCAACAAACGGCAUGUCUGCACCACUUGCGACAAGCGCUUCUCCAGCCCUGGUAAGCUUAGUCAACAUGUUCUAUCUCAUACUGGUGAGCUUCCAUUUUCUUGUGAGCUAUGUGAUAAACGUUUUAAUUCCAAAUUUAAGCUUGUACGUCAUGGCCUUAUUCACAGUGAAGCUCGGGCUUUCACAUGUAAUAUUUGUGGUAAGUCUUUUAAUAGGAAAGAUCAUCUAAGUAAUCAUGUUCGUAUACAUAACCCAGUCAAAAAAAUGUAUACAUGUGAAAGGCCUGACUGUAGAAAAUCAUACACCUCUCAGCUGAGCUAUCGUAAGCAUGCUGCUCUGCAUUCUGCGGAGGAAGGCAACCUGCAAUGUAAGAUCUGUGAUGAGACCUUUAAUUCUCGGCAGGAAAUUGUUUAUCAUCUUAAAGUGCACUCUGGCAGCCGUACAGUAAAAAAUGAAACCGAUAAGAAAUUUACAUGUGAUUAUUGUGAGAGGAGAUUCUUUACUGCAAAAGAUGUACGGAGGCAUCUUGUUGUGCAUACAGGUAGACGAGAUUUCUUAUGCCCUUACUGUCCUCAAAAGUUUGGGCGCAAAGAUCACUUGGUUAGGCAUGUCAAGAAUGCUCACCCUGACAAGUCGUGGAGAUCUGCUGCAGUAGGUACAUCCAAAGAACCACCACCAGAAGCCUCUGGUUUAGAAGAGAGUUACUCUGAGUUUCCCAUAGAAGGAAUGGAUUUCAAAAUCUGGAACCCCUCAUCUCCUAAAGCAGGCACAUCUGAAGGACGGACAAGGGUGCCAUCUACUGAUAUUAUAGUGGAAAUUCCACCAGAUCUGGAUAUAAAAAUAGAACCGUUAGAAAUAAAGCAGGAGAUACAAACUUCACCAAGUUAUGAACCCUUUCCUUCAGAGUAUGAUGUAUAUGUUAUCCCCUCAGCAUAUCCACAAACGCCGUCCAACUUGCCUUACAUACCACAGCCAUUGACUGAAUCUGAGCAUUUGCUUGACCCUGGUAGUGUUCAGUCUAUAUAUCUAGAUCCAGGGGAAGGGACUUCAUCAUUAUCAAGUGAAAUGCUGAUGUUAGAAGAUAGUAAGCCACCAUAUGUGGCUGAAGAGGGUAGGAUCCAACGAUUACCAGCAUUUACGCAAGCAUUUCAGACUACACAGAGUCCAAAACCUCCACCACCCCCACCACCGCCACACUAA